AGUACAUACUCACUCAGUCCCAGUGCUGUCUCUGCUUUUCCCUACCUCGCGACCACGCCACCAGUCACACCCUAGUAUACAAAUAUGGUCAAAGAGACAGACGAGACACGGAGGGCUCGCGCGAAGGCACAAGCAUCUUCGCAUCUCCCGAGAGCCGUCGUUGGCACCUCUCAUUCAUCGUCACCUCCGCAGGUUGCCACCUCGGAUGGCUUGGGAGGCGGCAGGAUCGAGUACAUUCGCCAGGCAUUCCACGCUCUCGGCGCACCAAGCGUUUCUGCAGAUGACAUGCGCAGGUUAUGCAAGGGACCACUCGCCGAUGCUCUUCUAUUCAUGGCCGAACACAUGAAGGGGCGAGCCAAAGUUAACCAAGCGCGGCAGACCAUCCAACAGAUGCGGGAAGCAGGCCCUUCUAGCGGGGUAUCCUCCGAAGGGCAGCAAACCGAUUUCAUGAAGGCCAAACAUGCAACAGCGAGAUUGAUCGGGGCGAAGAACGAGUUCAAGGAAGCUCGUAGUCAACUAGACAGCCGGCUUGAGUUGGUUUCCAAGUCCCAGCGCGAAUUGGAACGAUUGCAGGUUCUCCUGGACGCCAAGCGGAGGUCUCUUUUCUUAUUGCAAGUUCUCGAGAAAAAGGAAACUAUCCGAAGUUCAAGGAUCAAGGAGGUAGACCGGCUGAUGGGUCAGCUUCAGACAGAAGCAGUAAAGCUCACAGGCGAUGUACCUGUCACGAACACCGCAACACAGGGACGACCAACGAAACGGAUACGGGCGGAGCACACGCAGGACGUUCUGGCCGCAUACCACAUCCGCCUUGCGGGCUCAAACACCUCGUCUAAUGACCAUCGACAUGGCGCCGAAGCACGACGGAAAGCCAGUGAAGCACGUCUCCGUGAGGCCUUAGGCAAGAGGACUGAAGAGGAUCUGGUUGAGAAGUGCCAGAGAAUCGCUCGAACACGAGCAGAACGGAGUCUCCGGUAUGAGUCGCCGGUCCCUGCGCGAGCGUCGGACGAAUUAGAUGACACGCUUCUAGACGAUAUGCACGCCCGCAUCAGUGAGAAGGAGGAGAAGCUGCAACACCUCCUCAACGAGAUCGCAGAUCUUGAGAGAGCAUGUGCUAAAAUCAUUCAAUCCCUAUCGGCCUUUGAUGAGCUCACGCGACCAGAGUUGUCUCGGUCUCUUGAGGAGGAAGUGAAGGCCGUGGAAGGAUACGUCGACGUGCUGAGGCAUUCCAUCAUGCAAAGCGGGGACAUGCAGGGGGCACACGAGGACCCGAUCAUCGAGGGGAAGUCCUGGCGCCAAGCACUACAGGAUGUCCAGGCCGAUAUCGAGCAAGCACAUGCGAAAGGUACAUUUGCCCGUUCUACGCUUCUUCUCGACACCUCCGCCAUACGCGACUCCGCUCAAACCACAAGAAUCGAGGAACUCAUCGCAUCGCAUCAAGCCCACCAAGCCCAUGUCAACGAGCGCAACUCGUCCCUCCUCGCGCGCAAGCUCGAGAAAGCGAAGAUUGGCGAUGCUCUGGGCCAACAGAUCGAGAAGCUGUUGGCGGAGAAAGACACAGUCAUCGCGAUGAGUGGGUCGAGCAAGUAAACUCGCUUCGUGUGGCGCAAUCAAAUCCUACUGCUCGCGAGCUAGGACUUGCAUGGCCUCAGGGUGCAACGUUUUCGAGCGACAGUGACAUACUAAACUAAUCGUCGAAUGUGGUACUCGGUUGAGUACGGGAAGCUUGAUGAUAUUGAAUAGCUUGUGCGUCCAUAGAAUUGUGUG